ACCUCAAACGCGCAACACAAAAACCUAAAAAUGAAAUUCCUGAUCGUCUUCGUUGCGCUCUUCGCCGUCGCCCUGGCCGCACCCGCAGGUCCUGAAGUACAAAUUGUGCGCAGCGAUUCCGAUGUUGGACCCGAAUCAUUCAAAUACGGCUGGGAGACAUCCGAUGGCAGUUCGGCACAGGCAGAAGGUCAGCUAAACAACAUUGGCUCAGAAAAUGAGUCUCUUGCCGUCCGCGGCUCAUUCUCCUACAUUGGCGAUGAUGGUCAGACCUACCAGGUCAACUAUGUUGCCGAUGAGAAUGGUUUCCAGCCCCAGGGCGCUCAUUUGCCCGUCGCACCCGUAGCUUAA